AUGCUACUAUUUCUAGGCUUCUCUCGUGGUGAUCUCUCUUACAUUAACAAGCUCCUUAACUCUAAGCUAGUCGAAACUAAAGAGUCAGAUAUUGAAGUCCUAAGAUCUGAUCCAGACCACCCUUUACACUCUGUUAAGACUUUUCACGAAAUGAACCUCCCUCAAAAUAUUAUCGCACAGUCUCAAUCCGGAACUGGAAAGACUGCAACUUUCCUCUUGGCUAUGCUUUCUCGUAUUGAUCCAGAUCUUGAAAUAUGCCAGUGCUUAUGUAUGGUGCCUACUCGCGAGCUCGCCAUACAAAUAACUGGCGUUGCGCGAGAAAUGUCAAAGUACAUGCAAAAAGUAACUAUUGGACAGGCAAUAUGUGGGGAAGAGCGUAAGUACCAUAUGGUAUAUUAG